AUGGGAGAAAUCGCUAGUAGGCGUCGAAAUGGUUCUGAAGCAUGGGACUCUCCUCAUGGCCCACCUGCUGCACGCCUUGGCAACCUAACUUCGCUGGAAUCUCUGUCAUAUGGCGAAGAAUUGAAUGCGGAGAUUCCCUCCUUGACCGCUGUACUGCCCGUCACCUCUGCAUCAAUACCUAGACUCGAGGACCAGCUACACACCCUGAUGACCCGGUCGGAUUAUCUCUCGGAGAUAGUACUGGUUCCUCAGGAGGCGCUUCAGGCAGAAUGCAGACGUAGCAUUCUCUCAAUUCUCGCCGCUGCAGACUACUCGACUUUCGUCGAGCUCUCCAUGACACCCUGGCUUGCCGGAUUGGACAUGGACACGGCCACGUUCCACGCGUCAAAGCAGGUUACAACCCCGUUUCUUCUCGUCUUGGACGAAGACGGACUCGAAGAUAUUGACGAGCGCGGCCAAGACGCACUCACGUUACUGUCACCGUUUUCGUCUGCCGUACCUAUCGGUCCUCGAGGAAUGGCCUCCACUACUGGCUCCGACCCAGCUUGCCUGUCCGCGUCCGAGGUUCCGCAACCCGCAGCCUUCCUCAUCCCCCCUUUCGUGGCACCUACCCGUCUCUUUUUGGAUUCCGGCCUCGACGCGGGGCGACGCCACACAGACAACACAUGGAGGAUGUUCGGACAGACGAUCUCCAAUGCUCGAAGCGAUGCCGUCGGUGGUUUCGUAGUCGGUUCAGACAACGCAGAGUCCGGUUGGUGUCAACAAGAAGCCCCCUCGGAGGUUGCACCGCAUGAAGAAUUUCCACCCGUGGUGCAAGUAUCCGUUCCAAAUAUUCAAAACAAAAUACCGGAGGUCGAUCCAACCUUGAACGACGUCUGCCCCUCAGGCUUUGGAUCGUUUGCAAUACUGCUAUCUUCUGAGGACGACCUUCAUACUUUCUCUCCGGCUGCUUGUCAACUACAAAGGAGCGGACAUACCCUCCACGUCGCUGUCUAUGGUAACUUUUCUGUCUCUGACUCUCCUUCAUCUCUGAAGCUGGAGGGAUGCUCCCUGGACUAUUCGACUCUAUUCGCUGAAGACCAUGUACAGCAUGCAACGGCGCUUCUCUCUUGGCUUCGCAGUAUACCUUCGCCAGCCGAUAUUAUCAUCACUUCGUUAUCCAAGCAGUCGUUUCCUGGCGCGGCACUGUCUCUGUCAACGGAGGUCCCGUCAAACAAGCAAGUCAUUCACAUCCCUCAAGACGACCUCCCAUACUGUGAUUGGAUCGGCGCUCUCACCCUCGAGGAGUUCCGAAAUUGGCACAAACCGCAGGUCGCCGUCUCCGUCAUCACAAAUGACCGACCUCAUUCCCUCUCACGGCUCCUAGAUUCCUUGUCCCGCGCUCACUACUUUGGAGACGCCCUGGACUUGCGCGUUAACCUGGAGCAAACGGCAGAUAUGGAGACGCAGCAGAUUGUCGAUGAUUUUGCCUGGAAUCACGGCAGGGUCUUCCUUCAUCGCCGCAUUAUCCACGGUGGGCUCCUCCCUGCUGUCGUGGAAUCCUGGUACCCGCAGUCAAACGAUUCGUACGGCCUUAUACUAGAGGACGAUGUAGAACUUUCGCCGUUAUUCUACGGGUGGAUCAAGCUUGCUCUACUCCGGUACAGGUACGGACGUCCUGAGGAUACAUCGCCGCAGCUCUUCGGGAUCAGCCUGUAUCAACAGAAACACCUCGAGUUACGACCGGAAGGGCGGCACUCCUUCAACGCUCGCAACACGUUCGCCUCUAUCGGCUUGAGCGACCCGUCCACUCCGUAUCUCUCGCAGAUCCCUUGCAGCUGGGGAGCGGUCUACUUCCCGGAACAUUGGCGCGAGUUCCACGCCUACCUCUCCUUCCGGCUGUCCGAGUACGCAUGGGACGCGGACCAGAUCGUCGUCCCCGGAGUCCGGUCGAACAAGUGGACACGUUCGUGGAAGAAGUACUUCAUCGAGCUUGCGUAUCUGCGCGGCUAUGUCAUGCUCUAUCCCAACUACGCAGAUUACGUCUCGCUCUCAACGAAUCACCUAGAAGUCGGAUCGCAUGUCAAGGACGUCCCGAUUGAGACUUACAUGCGGAAGAAGAGACUAUUCCUCCUGCCUCUUAUGCCGCUACCGGAGUCGAACCAGUCGAGCGCCACCGGCCUUCUGGAACUCCCACAGGGUCAGCUACCUGCGUGGGCUGAAUUACCUACUCUGGAUCUCCUCGGCCUCGUUGCACGCGAGAAAACACUCCAAGAACGCGGAUAUGAACGGAGAGCCGAGCUCACUGGAUGCGAGGACGUUGCGAGCGCACCAUAUGAUGUCUGGGACCUGCUGUGUCUUCACGACCCGCUUCUCGGUCUACAGUGA